AUGGCGUCAAAACGCAUCUUGAAGGAGCUUAAGGAUUUGCAGAAAGACCCUCCUACCUCAUGCAGUGCUGGUCCCGUGGCCGAGGACAUGUUCCAUUGGCAAGCAACAAUUAUGGGGCCUGCUGAUAGCCCAUAUGCAGGUGGUGUUUUUCUAGUUUCAAUUCAUUUCCCUCCAGAUUAUCCAUUCAAGCCUCCAAAGGUUGCAUUUAGGACCAAGGUAUUCCACCCAAACAUUAAUAGUAACGGAAGUAUAUGUCUUGACAUUCUUAAAGAACAAUGGAGUCCGGCACUUACCAUUUCCAAGGUGCUGUUAUCCAUAUGCUCUCUGUUGACGGACCCCAACCCCGAUGAUCCACUUGUCCCUGAAAUCGCACACAUGUACAAGACUGAUAGGGCAAAGUAUGAAGCCACUGCCCGCAGUUGGACACAGAAGUAUGCCAUGGGGUAA